AUGAAAGAAGCUUUCGCAUCGAUCUCCGGAGACAGAAUCAAGGUCUCCAUUCAGGAAUCUCCCAUCCCAACCCCCAAUGAACACCAGGUGGUUAUCCGCGUCAAGGCCGCGGGCCUCAAUCCAAAGGAUUGGAAAUACCUGACAGAGACGCCCACAGACCAGGGUGACGAUGUGGCCGGCUACGUGCACGCGGUGGGCAGCAAAGUGACCGAGUUCAAACCCGGUGAUAGGGUCGCUGCAUUUCAUCAGAUGGGGGCCGCGCAUGGUGGAUACGCCGAAUAUUCGCUGGCGUGGGCGUACACGACCUUCCAUCUGCCGGAACAGACGUCGUUUGAAGUUCGUUCCGUAGAAGCUGCAACGAUUCCGCUGGCGGCCAUGACAGCGGCCCUAGGGCUCUAUCAAGACCUUGGGUUGCCUUUGCCGUGGAAUCCCGCGCGCACCAGCAUUCCGCUUAUCGUUUACGGCGGCGGGUCCGCGGUCGGAUCGUUCGUUAUCAAGCUGGCUAGGCUAUCUAACAUCCACCCGAUCAUCGCUGUCGCAGGCAAGGGAACCCCGCAAAUUGAACCGCUGCUGGAUAAAUCCAAAGGCGACACAACAAUCGACUACCGCGAUGGUGACGAAGCUGUCGUCGCGGCAUUCAAUAAAGCCCUGAACGGCAAGAAGAUUGAAUAUGCGUUUGAUGCUAUAAGCGAGCAUAACAGCUACAUCAACAUUGGACACGUUCUGGAUCCGCAAAAGGGGAAGAUUGCGGUUAUUCUGCCGUGGCAGCACUGA